AUGGCCGAUGACGAGGAGCAGGACUCGGCCGCCAGGGGCCUCUCGUGUGCAGAUGUGGAGCUGAUGGUGUCGGAGUUCGGGCCGUUCUUCGAGCGGCCAGAUUGGCUGCAGUACAAAGCGGACCUCAGCAAGCACCCGAGCAAGGCCGACCAGGAGCCCAUUAGGAAGUACAUCAAGGUGUGCAUCACAAUCAGGAGCAGAAUCGCGCCGAACUGCUCGCUGUCGAAGAAGGCCACGGAGCAUGCAGUCGAGCUGAUCUCGAAGGACAAGUGGGAGUUCCCAGGUGACACCCUCGUGGCGUACCGCUGUGAGGUGGCGGCGAAGCUGCGGGCGCUGGCCAGGCACUGCGCGUCGCUGUGGAGCAGGCCCAAGCUGCCAAAGUGGUUCGCGGAGUACCUCAAAGCAGAGGGCUACGACGAGAGCCCCGACGCCGACAGCAAGUAUGUGUACAAGUACAGCGAGUACAAGAACAACGCCGUCAGGAUCCAGACAGGCACGAUGGCCGAGAUCGAGUGCGAGAUGAUCGAGGGCCCAGAUGCCAGUGGCUGGUGCACGGCGUUCUGGGCAGACGGCGCCACGUGGCAGUUCCCGAAGCACUUGCGCGUCAAGCAGAAGGCGUCCGCCAGCAAGCUGCCCCGCAUCACCUUGCAGAGCGAGAGCGAGGGCCAGAUCGAGCUGUUCAUGCGCCUGGCCAAAGACAGGGACCCAGACCACAGGCUCGUCCAGAUCAUGAAGAAGACCAACACGGGGGAGACGGGCAAGACGGCCGUGGUGGAGCAGCAGACACAGGCCAGCUGCGGGUACUGGCCCUCGGAGGACGAGGCGACCAAGGCGAUGAAGGUCAUCCUGGACAAGUUCCAGAGCGGGGAGAUCACGACGAAGCAGGACGCCAACAAGUACAAGCUCGACAUCAUCAAAGGCAUGGAGAAGCGACGAG